CUGACUCGCUCGGUCCAAUGCCCACAUGAAAACUGCUGUGAGAGGAGCAGAAGGUGGUUUUGUCGUCUUUGCUGAGCGGCAACCUCAUAGCAGAGCUACAGAGCGCGUCGCAGCGAGAACAACCUUGUUCUUCUACCCCUCCUCCUCCUCUUGCCGCGACGCGAACCAUUGACAACCACGAGGACCCCCGAUUCACAAGACAGCGCAAGCCCAGCCAGCGAGCAAGGCCCCAAGUACUCAACGCCUGAGGCACACACGCACAUACAUACCCACCAUAUAUACAUCAUCGUCUGCCGAACGAACGACCGAACGAACUCUCCUCGACCUUUUCCCGCGAGGCCAUGCCGGAGAAGCCCCUCACCGUCGCCGCCUACGCGGCCGGGGCCUCUCUGGCCGCCGCGACGCUGAUCUACGUCUUCGCUCCCACUUACUUCCUCGAUAAUGACCCGCCCGGCCCUUCUACCCCAGGAGCCAGUUUCUUGAAGGGCGGCAGCAGCCGCAGGAAAGGUGUCGUCGGGCUCGUCAACCCGGCCAACGACUGCUUCAUCAACUCCAUCCUGCAGGCCCUCGCCGGGCUGGGCGACCUACGCGUGUACCUGAUACGGGAGAUGCACAGGCGGAGUGUCGGAGACUGGUCGGCCUACACGGUCACUGUGCCCGAAGACUGGAAGGAGGACGGCGAGGGCGCGAGGACCGCACCCGUGAAGAAGGGCCUCAUCGCCGGCCAGCAGAGGGGACUUGUCACACAGGGCCUGAAGGAGAUGCUCGACCAGCUGAACGAGAGGCCUAUCUACAAGAAGACAAUCACCGCCGCGCCGUUCGUCGCCGUGCUGGAGGGCGCCUUCAAGCAGAACAUUAGCAGGCAGCAGCACGAUGCCCAGGAGUUCCUGCAGAUCGUUGUCGAGAGGCUUUGCGACGAGUACCAUGCGGGCCAUAGGGCACGCAAGUAUGCCGAGUGGAGGGCCAAUCAGGAGAGAGCGGGCGAUGACGGCGACGGCAACGACAACGAUGACAAUGAAGAUGCUGUGAAGGAGAGGCUAGCAGCGCUGGCAGUCCAAAAUCACGACAGAAACCACGAGACCACGAAGACAACGGUCGUCACCCCCAACAACGAGGAAGAAGAAGAAGACGGCUUUCCCAUGGAGGGCGUCACGGAAUCACAGAUCGAGUGCCUGAGCUGUGGCUUCAAGCCCAGGCCGAGCAGGUCACGAUUCUGCACCCUGACGCUGUCGGUCCCUAUCGGCGCGACAUCCACCACGCUGAACGCGUGCUUCGACGGCAUGUUCAAGACGGAGCACAUUGACGACUACAAGUGCGAGAAGUGCAGGCUGGUGCACGCACAGGAGAUCUUCAAGGCCCAGCUGGCGAGGUCGACGUCAGAGGAAGCCAAGGUGCACGCGCAGACGUCGCUAGAGAAACUACAACACGCGAUCGAGACGGACCCGGAGUCACCCCCAGAGGACGUCCCCCUGCCCGACAGCAAGCACGCGCCGAGGCGCAAGAUCGCAAGACACACCAGGGUCACACGCUUCCCCAAGAUAUUAGCCAUCCAUCUGAGCCGGUCCAUCUACGCAGGACAGGCGCUCAAGAACUCGGCCAAGGUCGCGUUUCCCGAGAGGCUGCCGCUGGGGGGCCUGCUGCUGCGGAGGAACUACAAGCUGCUCGGCGUCGUCGCCCACAAGGGGGGUCACCAGAGCGGCCACUACGAGUCGUUCAGGAGACAGAACGUCUACCCUCCUUAUUCCAACCCCACCACCUUCCAGCCGUCGGGCGUCUACAGCAAGACGGCAAGCCCACAGUCCACACCACAGAUACAACCCACCGCACAGUUCUCGGGCGACGCAACGCCCUUCACCGCAACGCCGUCCAUGCUGUCACCAGCACGCGACCGCACCGCCACGCCCAGCAAGGAGAAGGAUUCAGACAGCAACAGCAUCCGGUCGAUAGCAGCGUCGGCCAAGUCGACGCUGUCCAAGAUGUCCCCGUCCCGGCACGGCAGCAACAGCGGCAGCCAGAACGGCACGACAGGCAAGCCGUCGGCCAGGAGGCGCAAGGUGCACGACAAGUGGUGGCGCAUCAGCGACGACAAGAUCAAGGAGGCCAGCACGCGGGAGCUGCUGGGCAUGCAGCGCGAGGUGUACCUCCUGUUUUACGAGAUCGAGCGCGACGGGCUGUAGCAGAGCCGGACCGCGCUUCGCGCCGGCGGAAUAGAAAGGAGGUGGAGGAGCCGCGCUCAAGGACAUGGGAUUGGCGACAAUGGUGGGACUGGGGCGGACAGCCCUGACAGCGAGACGUGUUUGAUGAUUGGAACUUAUACAUAUGAGGACGAAGACGAAGACGACGGCGACGGCGACGUAGGUGAGGUGAAGGGUGAUGGUGAGCCGAAGGGCCGAGGAUGCCUCCUGCGGCUCCGCGAGUGGACGGGCCGGCUCAUUCACUCCAGGCGAUAUGAUGGCAUUGGGCUGGCCUGGGCUGGCUUAGACGACUUUCAAUACAGUCCGUUGCAUUAAGCGGCGUUCUUGUGAACACAGAAAAAGAAAGCAAGGGUAAAAGGAGAAAGAAAGAAAAAAGCAUAUAGGCAACGCAUUAGACGGAUAGAGAGGCAUCAAGAGUCUUUUUGCCCCUCGUGUUUACCAAGGUCUUCACGGGGGAAUGUUCAAGUACAGUUUAUACAUACGCAUACAUACUUGUACGUACAAAUAAAAAUCAUAUCUGG